AUGCAGGUGGUCAUUUCUCUAAAUUUAUUGGUUGCUGCUAUACGAAGGGAAGAACGAAAUAGUCUUUGGGAUGAUUCUAAAUUGAAAGCAGCCAUUUCUACUUUUGGAUCUAAGUUACAAAACAUAGGUGAUUUUGAUCUUCAAGUUCACUCGUCAGCACUCCUAAUCAGGCUGGUUCCACUCAAACAACAUUUGGAAUUUGCAUCAACUUAUAUCAUCCAAGGAUAUCCAGCAGUUGCGCGAGAAUUCUCAAAAAUGGGAGGUGAAGACUUUGAAUUCCAAGCCCGAUCAUUCCUGAACACAAUCAACAGCUUUAAAAUUGUUGAUCCAAGCGUAGUCUCUUUACCAUGCAAAUCCCUGAAGCUGUGUGAUUUAAAACUGGAACCUCCUAAGGCUUCUCAAGGAAAAACUGAUGUUUUCUGGCUGGAUUUCAAUAUGGGCACUAACAGAAUUACCACAUUUUGUUUAUUACCCCCUAGUUUAGCUUCACAAGUUUCGGGUGGUGGAUCACGAGGUCAGUCUACAUGGGAAACUCUAAUGAUAUAUCCUGAAUAUCUCGACAGUCUGGAUAUUAGGCUUGAAGAUGAUCUUCUUAUUGUACGUUUCACUAUGACUGAAACAAUUAAAGAUUUAUGCGAUUGGGCACAAACAAUUUCUGGAUAUGUUAUUGAAGCGAAGAUUAUAGUGAGUGAGCUAAACAAGAACUUUUUCCAGCUGAAAUUCACAUCAUCAACAUCAUCAUCAUCUAUGAAUGCUAAUGAUGAUGAUGAUGAUAAUGAUGAUGACAGUCAAGAAGCUAGUCUAGUUGGUAUUCUAAAGCGUUUACAAUCGUUUCGUAAGUAUCUUAAUUUGGAUAGUACGAGAACGAAUACUAACUCGAGUGUACAAUCGGUGCAUAGUUCUAUUGUCAUCUCACCGAUAAAUGUAGCUGCAAUGCGACACGAGAGCUCAACUCAGAAGACAUCAAUAACACAGAUGACUGAGAAGUUGAAAAGAAAAGACGCUCACAUCCCCAGGAAUUCAUAUCAGUCAUUGAUUGCCUGCUCUCCUAUUGUACGCAGAAGUGUAUUAAAUCUUCCCAAUGAAAAUAAAGAGAAUAAUAUCGUAAACCCUGUUUGCGACAACAUAAAGCUUGAAUCACAUACAGUCAAGGUACAAGAAUCUUCAAGUACCGAAAUCCGGGAACCUCUGACACCAGAUAAUCUCAUACAAAAAUGUAAGGAACACAGUAGCAAUUUUUCAAGAGAAGAAUCCUAUUUUCAAGACUCGAAAAGUGAUAAAUUUUCUGGAACAUUUCCUCUUGAUUAUAUGAUUUCGUAUAAUGAGACAAGAGAUGUGGACAUGGAUAAACAUACACCAGAAAAGCAUCGUAAAGCACCCUUGAAAACAUCUCCGGUAGCAACUUUGAAAAUUCCAGAACCUGUAAUCAAGGAUGAUUUAUGUGUUUCUGAUUCUGAAAGUCUCAAUAUCACAGAGUUAAAGUAUGCUCAAGAUUCAGUUUUUUCUGGUACUUGUGAAGAAUAUGUCGAUAAGUUGUCUUCUGCUGCCUCAUCUGUUAGACCGUUGUACAGUAUAUUUGAAUCGAAAGAUAAAGUACAUCGUGUUACUACUUCAAAACAACCACAAAUAUAUACAAAUGAAGCAGUUCCUGAUUUUUCCAAAAUUAGUCCAGAUGCAUUUUCCAAAGAUAAUGUGUCUCAAGAACCAAAGAAUCUAGAGAAACAAACGGAUAUGAACUUGCCUAUGACAAAGUCUGAUACACCAAAAACUAAUCAUUCAUUGUCAGUUGAAUCACUUGUGACCAAUGACUCAUUAGAUCAAGAAUUCAGUGAUUCGCCUAUAUUGGGAAACGCUUCUUCUCACUCUCAAAGGUCUGGCAGUAAAUUUCGUACACCUGCAAAUCGUUCUGUAUGCCUUCCAACAAAAAAACUUUGCAAUAUAACAGCUUCUUAUUUGUUAGAUGUUUCACCUGAUACAGUCAAUUGUCCGCUUACACCUGAAGAAUAUACAGUUAUCUCCUUACCGAAAAUAUCCACUGAAGUCAAACUUAAAGGAAUGUUGAAAAAGCAAUCUGUUCAGUCGAAAACUGAACGGAAGAACGAGAAAUCAAAAGUUAAUGACAGUCUCCACAAAAAAUUCACUAAGCCGAGUAAAAAAACUAUACUCGAAUCAUCUUUGGAAUCAAGUGAUACAUCCGAUUCAGAUUAUCAACCACUACGUGUUCGGCUUGAAGAAUCAAAUCUUACUGAGAGAAGAAGAAGUGCAAGAUUAAUGAAUAAAGAAGAAGAAGAAAGCAACUUGCCACUUGACAUCCAGGUAGAAGUAGACUCUCCAAAGUUACCUACUGUUGUUGUUUCACCUCCAGCUUCACUCAAACCUGAUUCACCAGUUCCAGACUCUCAAAAUGAUAUGAAAACACCAAUAUGUAGUCAGAAAUCUGUCAAACCAGUUUCUGCACUGAAAAAAAGAAAAUUCUUUACUACUACACGUUCAGAAAGAUUUGAAAGAGAGAAAGAACGAUUCAAUAAAGCAUGUCAGUUAGGCAAAGUCAAUAAAAAUGGUGGGAAACAAGCUAAGAAAACCAAUAAAACUAAAAGUCAACCGCAAAAAUCAAGAAAUAAAAAUGAAUAUCAGAAAAUACUCAAACCUACAUCGAAGUAUGUUCCAACCGUCAAACAAGCAGUUAAUGUUGCGACUGUAUCCCAACCAAUGCCAGUUGACAGUGAUCAAGAUUUCGAUGUUGAAAUUGUGGAUCCAGAUGGUGGAAAUGUGUAUACAAGUGAUGAGGAUAUAAUUUCUUCCUCCUGGGAACCAUCCAAGGCAUAUGAACCUGUUAAACGAUUAUGCAUUGAAUCUAACAAUACAAAGCCACCACCAUUAACUAAACUGAGUCCGCAUAUUGAACUGGAGGAAAUUUGUUUAGCCGAUGAUCAUCACACUGUUGCUAGUCCUAGCAACAAUUCAUCAAGUGCUCCAAGUUUGUUUGGGUUAACUCCACCGAAACAUCUUGGUAAAAAUAUAAAGAAAGCAAAACGAAUCGAACUUGUUCCAAUCCCUAUUCUUCAAUCAGUCGAUCAGACAUGUAAUAAAAACACAGGAUUAACGCAUGAUGAACUCGUCUCAAAGGAGAAAUCGUCUGAUCAAAACUGUUUACCUUCAAACGAUGUGGAAUUGAAAUCAGAUAUAUGUAUGCCAACCGAUCUAGAUGAUAUACCAAGUUUAAUUAUUGAAUCCCUGCGCAACACUCUCAGUCGAUCUCCAGUGCGUGAUACUUCAUCUUAUAGCAAUGUAGAACCGGCUGGAUGCUAUGAACCCACACACACCGACACUCUCUUACAAAAUGUUUCAGUAAUUUCUUCUAUGGUGGAUGAAUGCAUAUUAGCGCAACAAGAACAGGAACGAAAAUUGCGUCUCAUUCAAAAAGAGCUUUCAGAUUUGAAGAUCACUAUACAGCAAUAUGCAAACAAAUAA